GUCAAAAUUGGUCGAUAGUUUGUCGAUACGCUAAUAUAUCUUGGUUGGUGCACAAAAUUGGAAAAAGCAAAAAAGAAGAAUACUCGAAGCAACUCUCUCGUUCAGUUCGAAUAAAACAGAAUCUCACAGUACAUCAAAAUGAUUCGCUUCAUUUUGAUACAAAAUCGUGCGGGUAAAACUCGAUUGGCCAAAUGGUACAUGAAUUUUGACGACGAUGAAAAGCAAAAAUUGAUUGAAGAGGUGCACGCUGUGGUCACUGUUCGCGAUGCAAAACACACGAAUUUUGUUGAGUUCCGUAACUUCAAAAUCGUGUAUCGACGUUACGCUGGACUAUACUUUUGUAUAUGUGUCGAUGUGAAUGACAAUAAUCUGUGUUAUCUAGAAGCGAUACACAAUUUCGUCGAAGUUCUCAACGAAUAUUUCCACAAUGUUUGCGAAUUGGAUCUCGUAUUCAACUUUUACAAAGUGUACACCGUGGUGGACGAGAUGUUUUUAGCCGGUGAAAUACGCGAAACAUCACAAACAAAAGUAUUAAAACAGCUGCUCACGCUCAACUCACUGGAGUAAAAACAAAAACAAAAAAAAAAAGAAAAUACAUACCAAUUCCAGUCUGUUUUUUUUUGUCGUUUCGAUAAAGAGAAAUAUUUACGUAAAUCAGCACAUAUAUAUAAUAUUAAUUUCAACAGAAGAAAAACCCAAUAUUGUUCAAUAUUCGCAAAAAAGUGUAAUAACUUCCCCAUUAUUCAGCGAAUGAUGAAAUGCUCUUUAUUUCCUUUGUUUGUUUAUUGCUUUAAGCCUGAAAAUAAUGAAAGUUUAAAAAAAAAUGGGAAUAUGAUAUGAGAUUCGAAUUUCAUGGAUGCAAUGCUUUGUUAUCAACAAUAUGCCGCGAAAUGUGGGCGGUUCACUGUAAUUCGGAACAAUGAAUUUCGAUUAAAAUAAAUAAAAGAAAUCUAUGUAUAAAUAAAAUAAACGAUUUAUUUGUCAAAUGGAAUAUUUAAACACUCUCAAAAUCGGAAUAGUUACGUUUUUCUUUUUGUUUUUGUUUUGUAUAAAUUGCUACAAUCAUUUUGUUUUCCAUGAUAUCGUUAGCAAAAGUAAUGCACAUCAAAAUAUUCAUAAAAAAAAGGAAAAAUGGCUUUGUUUCGAUAACAAAUCUUCUGUUAUUAUAGAAUACAAUAUUAAAUGAAAAAUUAACAAAUAAAUUGAUUUUCCUGAUCAUAAGCUA